UGGUACUUAGGAAUUUCGAUAGGUUUUUCUCAAUCAUAUGACCAAUGCAAACGGAACACACAUGUAUUCCGAAAGGGAAAGAGUAGCGACACAUCCAACGCACAGCUAAAGAAGUACUCGAAUAAAAAACAUAAAAGCCCGCGUCAAAAGGCUGCUCCGAGCACCCUUUACUUCGUCCUGAGAGCGCUCGGGUCUCCUUGAACGGAAUCUGUUGAAUGAAUAAGCCUAGCUACAAAAUUGAAUUUGCAUAUUAUCAAGACAUGGAGCCAUGGGGGGUUUUUUGUUUGAAGACACAAGUGCAAAGGAUGACGCCAAGGCAGACAGUGCACUUAUUGUGGAGAAAGUCUCUCGACAGAACUCCAGGGAAGCCACAUCCAAGAUUCGCGUAGAUGAAGUCUCUCCAGAGAAGUGCUCUCAUGAGAACUCCGGCGAGGCCGCAUCUGAGAUAUGUGAAAUCAAGGACUCUGAUGAAAUGCUCUCAUCGGUCCAUCUCUGAGGCCCAGGCGAUCAUCGGUUCGAGCGAUGCCAUCCCUUUCCUCAUCGAAGGCCUGAGGGAAGACGGCUCCCGGAGCGACACCUGCCGCGUGGACGCGCUCCUCAGUCCUCACUCUGUACAUCCUCUCCCUGCACGCGCCGAACGUCCCGGUCCUCGUGGCCUCCGGCAUCAUAGAGAGCCUCCGCAGCGUGCUGGCGCCUGUCCUCCUCGUGGACGGACAAGGCCCUCGCCGUGCUGCUGAACCUGGCGCUCACCCAUGUCGGCAACAUGGAGAUCGCGGCCAACGCGGCGAUGGUGGGCGCCAUCAUGCUCAUCCUUGACAACGGUGAGCCCGUCGAGAUGGAGAAGGCUGUGUCGUGCAUGUACGUGAUCUGCAGCGGCGGCAAGGGCAGCAGCCAGACGGUGCUCCAGGAGGGCGUGAUCCUGGCGCUGGUCUCCGUGACGGCCAACGGCACGGCCCGGGCCCGGGACAAGGUGCAGCGGCUGCUGAGCCUGUUCCGAGAGCAGCGGGAGCUGGAGGAGAUGCAGCCGCGGGUGCAGCUGCACGAGGCGGCGAGCCAGGCAGCGGCCGCGCAGCAGCAGCAGCAGCAGCAGCAGCAGGCGGAGGAGGAGAUGGUGCUGGCCGUGACUUACUCAGAUCACGGCAGGUGUGCAGCUAGUGAAGGUCAGGAAGCAAUUCGAAUGGCAAGAAAUUAGACCAGCAGGGGCAG